AUGCUGCGUUUUUACGCUAAACGCAUAAAGCAGACUGCACUUUCAUGGGACGAUUAUGCAAUAUUGCUUGCAUUGUUAUUCACUAUCGGGACUGCGAUAUGCAUGUUCGUGGGGACGGCCAUUGGUAAUCUUGGACAACAUACCAGAAUCAGAGAAGACGGCAGCCCGGUCUUUGACCAUCGCUCGAGAGUCUUUGAACAGAUUGUCUUUGCAUCACAGCUCACCCAAACAUUGACCUGGGGCUUCACGAAGCUAUCUGUACUUCUUUUCUACAAGAGAAUUUUCAGAGGCAAAGUCUUUGUCAUUUCGGUUUGGACUAUGAUUACGGUCUCAUCCGUCUGGACCGUUGCCUUCUUCUCCGCCAACCUACUCCAAUGCUGGCCCCUGUGGAUAGAUUGGACCGGCUUUGGCUUCACCUCCGAGAAUUGUAUCAAUACGAACCUAAUGUAUCUGGCUCAGGCGUGGUCUGACUUUCUCACAGAUUUCAUGAUCCUCUUGCUGCCGCUUCCAUGCAUAUGGAAAUUACAGAUGUCGACAACGCACAAAAUUGGCAUAAGCGGCAUGUUUCUACUCGGAGCGCUGACCGUUGGAGCGGGAAUCGCAAAGCUCGUCGUCUGGAACAUAAAAGUCCAAGAGCUAGAUGUUGGUUUCAUGGACAUCAGCUACAGGAAUACCCCGAUGGUGUAUUGGGCAAUGAUCGAAUCUUCCCUGGGCAUUGUAGGCGCUUGCCUCCCUAUGUUCCGACCUCUAUUUGCCGGUCUGUCCUCAAAGGGCAAGAGACGCGUUCAAUCGCCGGAGUAUAACGAGGAGGCUCUGGUGGUGUCCGAAACAAAUGGCGAUUGA